UGGGUAGAAAUCUAUAGAAUUAAUAUGAAACCGCGUUGAAGAUUGAAAAUCUGAUUCAGCAUUCAACACAAAAUGACAAUAAUAAUUCUUUAUAGAAAACAGAAGCAUUAAGCUUAAAGCAGUGCACUCAGCCGCAAAAUUGUUCAGUCUUUGUUCACACCGUCUUCUUCUGCAAAUUCUGAAUCUGUGAAUUCUGCGUACCUCGUGGUAUUCUGUCCCUCUCAGCUUUUGUGUCACUUGAUGAAAGAAUUCGUUUGGAAAAUUUCCGAUACUUAUAAACAUAGAUUCUUCUCUCCAUAUUAUCUAUAUGUAGUAAUGCUCGUCACUAAACUUUUUCAAGAAAUGAGUACUAAUAUGGAAAAGGGUUUGAAUUUUUUGCUGCUGAUUCUUUGCUUCUCUGCAUCAAUCCAUGACGUAUCAGCUUUGAGUCAUGAUGGUACAAGUCUGUUGGCCCUGGCUAGGCAUUGGACAGUUGUACCUCCUCCCGUGAAACUGAGCUGGAAUGUAUCAGAUCCCACUCCUUGUUCAUGGUUUGGAGUACAAUGUAAUAGACACAACUUUGUGACUGAUUUGAACUUGACUAGCUUAGGAAUCUCGGGCCAGUUGGGACCUGAGAUUGCAUCUCUAAAGCACUUGAAAUUUCUUAACUUCAGCUUAAACAGCUUUUCCGGUCCGAUUCCUUCAAACAUAGGCAAUUGUAGUCUUCUUGAAUAUUUGGAUCUCUCAACCAAUGACUUUACAGGGAAAAUCCCGGAAAGUCUUGGAAACUUGCAAAAAUUACAGUAUUUAGGCUUGUUCGAAAACUCUCUAACUGGCGUAAUUCCAGAAUCCUUGUUCCUGAUUCCUAUUUUGAGUUUCAUUCUCCUCAGUACCAACAUGCUUAGCGGUUCAAUCCCAUUGAGUGUUGGAAACUCAAGCAAUCUUGUACAACUGUACUUGUACAGCAAUCAAUUAUCAGGGACUAUCCCUUCCUCCAUAGGAAACUGCAGUAACUUGCAAGAACUUGUUUUGACUGACAAUGUGUUGAUUGGGCCUUUGCCUCCGAGUAUGAAUAAUCUCGAGCAGCUUUCAUACUUAGAUGUCAGUUACAAUAACUUGGAGGGCCAGAUUCCGUUGGGUUCAGGUAGUUGCAAGGAAAUAAACACUUUGGUUUUCUCGUCAAACAGAUUCAGUGGUGGUAUUCCAUCCGGGUUGGGCAAUUGUAGUAAUUUAACCACUCUUGCUGCUGUUAACUGUGGAUUAAGUGGUUCGAUCCCAUCUUCUUUAGGCCAACUUACUAAAAUGACAACACUUUACCUGUCCGAGAAUCAAUUGUCGGGUAUAAUACCACCCGAACUGGGCAAGUGCAAAUCUUUGAUGGAUUUGGAGCUAUAUGGAAAUCAAUUGGAAGGUGAGAUCCCUAGUGAACUGGGGAUGCUCAGUGAGUUGCAGGACCUACACCUUUUUACCAACCAUUUGACAGGUGAAAUUCCAAUUAGUAUUUGGAAGAUUCAAAGCCUUCAGAACAUUCUUGUGUACGAAAACAAUCUUUCUGGGGAGAUACCUCAAGAAAUCACUGAGCUAAAGAACUUAAAAAAUAUUUCCCUGUUUGACAAUCAAUUUACGGGAAUCAUACCUCAAGGUUUGGGAAUCAAUUGUAGUUUAACUCAAGUGGACUUCACCAGAAACAUGUUCACCGGCCCUAUUCCACCAAAUCUUUGCUUCAGAAACCAAUUAAGGAAGCUCAUCUUGGGUCAAAAUCAUUUUCGAGGAAGUAUUCCUUCUGAUGUAGGAAGUUGUUCUUCAUUGACAAGAUUGACUCUCAAGCAGAAUAAUCUAACCGGUGCACUUCCCGAGUUCGCAAAAAAUUCAGAGCUUCUGUUCAUGGACCUUAGCAAAAAUAACUUAAACGGAUCAAUACCCUCAAGCAUAGGAAACCUUGCCAACUGUACCUCUAUAGAUUUCUCUCUCAAUAAGUUCACAGGCCAUAUACCAGUGGAACUACAGAUCCUUUCAAAUCUUGAGACUUUAAAUCUGUCCCACAAUGGCUUAAAAGGCAUACUACCGUCUCAGCUAUCAACCUGUCAUAAACUGUCAGAACUUGAUGUGAGUCACAAUUUGUUGAAUGGCUCUAUUCCGACCAGCUUUAGAAGCUUGACAGAAAUAUCCAUUUUGGAUCUAAGCGAGAACAGUUUCACAGGUGGUAUUCCAUCCUUUUUGUUUGAAUUUGAAAUGCUGUUGACUCUGCACCUUGGUGGAAAUAUGUUUGCUGGUGAUAUUCCUUCAUUCCAUCUAUCAGUCGGAACAGCACAGAGCCUCAGAUCGUUAAAUCUUAGAGAUAAUAGAUUGUCAGGACACAUUCCUUCAGAGUUCGGGAAAUUAAAUGUGCUAGAGGAGCUAGAUAUAUGUUGCAACAGUCUGUUUGGACCUUUGGAGGCGCUUGACAAUAUUCAUUCAUUGCUUGAAGUCAACGUUUCUUAUAACUCGUUCAGUGGUCCAAUACCACAUGAACUGAUGAAAUUCUUGAACUCCUCUCCCUCUUCAUUUGAGAGCAACCGGGGGCUUUGUGUCAACUGUCUUGCAUCAGGUCUAUUGAAUUGCCUUGGGAACAGCAGUUUCAGAGUCUGUGAUCAUCAGUCGAAAAACAGUAAAGGACUAGACAGAGUAGCUAUUGCAAUGAUAGUUCUUGCAUCUUCACUGCUUCUUGUUUUUCUAGUCCUUGGAACUGCUUAUGUAUUUUUCAGGCGCAAAGUGUCCGAGCAAAAAAUUGUAAUAUCUGCCGAACAAGGUGCAUCUUCUUUGCUGAAUAAAGUAAUUGAAGCUACGGAGAAUUUAAAUGAUAAGUUCAUUAUUGGGAGGGGAGCUCAUGGAACAGUGUACAAGGCUGUGUUGGGCCCCGAUAAAGUGUAUGCAGUAAAGAAGCUGGUGUUUGGUGGAAGCACCAGUAUGGUUCGAGAAAUUCAGACAAUUGGAAAGGUCAGACACCGAAAUCUUCUUAGAUUGGAAGACUUUUGGUUGAGAAAAGACCGUGGUUUGAUUUUAUACAGAUACAUGGAAAAUGGAAGUCUUUAUGACGUUCUCCAUGAAACGCAUCCGCCUUGGCAAUUAGAGUGGAAUGUUCGGAAUAAGAUAGCACUUGGAACUGCCCAAGGAUUAUCGUAUUUGCAUUUUGACUGUGAUCCGCCUAUUGUGCACCGAGACAUCAAACCGAUGAACAUAUUGUUGGAUUCAGAGUUGGAGCCUCAUAUCUCAGAUUUCGGCAUAGCCAAGCUCUUGGAUCAGUCCGUCGCAUCGACACCAUCCAGCACAGUUCAGGGCACCAUUGGGUACAUAGCUCCAGAAAAUGCAUUUGCUACUAUGACUAGCCAAGAGUCUGAUGUAUAUGCUUAUGGAGUAGUCGUUUUGGAGUUGAUUACUCGAAAGAAAGCAGUAGAUCCUUCAUUCUGUGGGGAAAUGGACAUUGUUGGAUGGGUGAGAUCUGUCUGGAGCGGAACUGAAGAAAUUGAGAAGAUAGUGGAUCCAAGCCUGCUCGACGAAUUCAUAGAUUCAAGCAUCAUGGAUCAAGUGAUCGAUGUGCUCUUAGUUGCUUUGAGAUGUACAGAGAGAGAGCCAAGCCAAAGGCCGUCGAUGAGAGAUGUUGUGAAGCAGCUAACACUACCUAGAUCCAAUAGCAGAAGCAAGUAAGAAUGCAUUUUUGAAUAGUGUAUUUAUGAAAAAUAUGUGGUUAAGAAAUAAGGAAAAAACUUGAAUUUACAUGUAAUAUUAUUUUAUUAAAAAUAUGUGGUUAAAAUAAUGUCAAAUCACUGUUUAAUAAUGUAUAGAAUGUGGCUCAAGCUCUAAUUGACCUAUUGUAGUCUUCAGCAUCUCUCUAGCUGACUUUUCCCUUCAACCUGGCCGGUGGCUUUUUUAACUCGUCAGGCUUUGUAAUGCAUUUUUCAGUUUCGGUGUC